AUGAGUUCUCCCACUAGUCUAGAAGAAUAUUCAAAUCACAACAGUCCAACUAAGACGUUGCUGCCUGGAAUAAACAACAUCAACCACAAUGGCAACGGCAACAAUAAUGGAGGUCAUCUGAGUAAUGGCGCGUAUAAUAAUCACCAUUAUAAUGACUUUGAAAUGGAUAAUGAAGGUAAUGAUUAUGAAGAAUUAAGAAGAUCUCUUGUGGUGAAGAGAAGAGCAUCUAGCCUUCAACGAAUUCCUCAACAAGGAUCAGCAUUAUAUGGAAAUGGGAACCAAUCAGUUGUUCCUAUGGAUUCAUUAUUAAUAUUACCUACAGAAAUCUUAUUACAAAUAUUUCAUCAUUUGGAUAGAAAGGAUCUUUUUAAUCUAUUAACAGUUUGUAAAGAAAUUGCUGAUUUGAUUAUUGAAAUCUUAUGGUUUCGUCCCAAUAUGCAAAAUGAUAUUUCAUUCAAACAAAUCAGAAAAGUAAUGGCAAUACCACGAGAGAAAACCCAUUGGGACUAUAGGCAAUUUAUAAAAAGAUUGAAUCUUUCCUUUAUGACCAAACUUGUUGAUGAUGAAUUAUUAACUUUAUUUGUUGGAUGUCCUAAAUUGGAAAGAUUAACUUUGGUUAAUUGUGCAAAAUUAACUAGAACUCCAAUAACUCAAGUAUUACAGAAUUGUGAACGAUUACAAUCAAUCGAUUUAACAGGUGUAACUGAUAUUCAUGAUGAUAUCAUUAAUGCAUUAACUGAAAAUUGUCCAAGGUUACAAGGAUUAUAUGCCCCUGGAUGUGGUAAUGUUUCCGAACAAGCAAUAAUUAAUUUAUUAAGAUCUUGUCCAAUGUUGAAAAGAAUUAAGUUUAAUUCAAGUAAUCAUAUCACCGAUGAAAGUAUAUUAGCAAUGUAUGAAAAUUGUAAAUCAUUAGUGGAAAUUGAUUUACAUGGUUGUGAAUUGGUUACUGAUCAAUAUCUUAAACAAAUAUUUUUGGAAUUAACACAACUACGAGAAUUUAGAAUUAGCAAUGCACCAGGAAUAACUGAUAAACUAUUUGAAUUGAUCCCAGAAGGAUUCUAUCUCGAAAAAUUAAGAAUUAUUGAUAUAACCGGUUGUAAUGCCAUCACUGAUAAAUUAGUAGAGAAAUUAGUUCAAUGUGCUCCAAGAUUAAGAAAUGUGGUGUUGUCUAAAUGUAUGCAAAUAACUGAUGCAUCAUUACGAGCCUUGAGUCAAUUAGGGAGAAGUUUGCAUUAUAUUCAUUUAGGUCAUUGUGGAUUAAUCACCGAUUAUGGAGUUUCAUCACUUGUGAGAUAUUGUCAUAGAAUUCAAUAUAUUGAUUUAGCAUGUUGUUCACAAUUAACUGAUUGGACGUUGGUUGAAUUGGCAAAUUUACCAAAAUUAAGAAGAAUUGGUCUUGUUAAAUGUUCAUUAAUUACUGAUUCGGGUAUAUUAGAAUUAGUUAGAAGAAGAGGUGAACAGGAUUGUCUUGAACGUGUUCAUUUAUCAUAUUGUACGAAUUUAACUGUUGCUCCGAUUUAUUUAUUGUUGAAAAGUUGUCCAAAAUUAACACAUUUAUCACUUACCGGUAUAUCAGCAUUUUUAAGAAGAGAAAUUACUCAAUUUUGUCGUGACCCACCACCUGAUUUUAAUGAACAUCAACGGAGCUUAUUUUGUGUUUUCAGUGGUCAUGGAGUUUCUCAGUUACGUAACUAUUUGAAUUCAGCUAUGGAAGAAAGAGCCCACCCUGUUGAAGGGGCUGAUUUCCGAGCAUUUCUUCUUGAAAGAAGAAGGAGAAGAUUAUUAGAUGGAGCUGAUUUGGCUAAUACUAUCGAAGCUGAUACUGAAGAAUUGAAUCAUCUUUGGGCAAGACAGGGUGGAUUAGGAUUAUUGCUUAAUGAUCAACAACAGCCCGCACAGGGACAGCCACAACCACGUGCACAAGCGCCAGUUGAACUUCAACAACAACGACAACAACGGCAAUUACGUCAAGAUCUCAAUAGACAACUUUUCCAAGAAGCUGUAGAAGGAAAUAUAACUCCUGAAGCAAUGAGAGAGAAUUUUGGCCGCAUGGUUUGGACUGAUCAUAUAGAUACAGAGAAUAUUUUAGCAACCCAAUUCCGUCAGUUUACUCAACAACAACCGCAACAACCGAGCCAACGUCAACAACAACAGCAGCAGCAACGAAUUAAUCCUCAGAAUGCUCCCCAAAUUACUCAGCCUGCUGUUUUUCCUAAUGGAGAUAAUCAAAAUAUACCUUUGAUAGAUGAGGAUGAUGAUGAUGAAGAUGUUGAAAUGGAACAAGUUGAUCUUUUUCCACGUACACGGUAA